AAUUUUCUCACAUAUUCACGAAGUUUUAGGUUAGGUCACAAGUCUACUUUAGGCAAUAGGUGGAACUUUCAUGUAUAGUUGUCUGCCUACGUACAAGUUUACUAAAAAAGGAAUAUUUUUAUCUUUUAUUUAUUUUUUAAUACACUUUAGGAUGGAAAUCUGUGAUAACUUGAAGUAGUCCGACAGUCGUCCUUCCACCUAAAAAUGACCUCAGGUAACAUAAUUGUAACAGGAUUUGGCCCAUUUGGCGAUCAUUCAAUAAACGCAAGUUGGGAGUCUGUAAAAUUAUUACCACCAAAAAUUGAUAACUACACUAUUAUUAAAGAAGAAAUAUCAGUAUCAUAUGACACUGUCGACAAGAAAAUACACCUUAUGUGGAAAGAAUACGAUCCAGCAUUAGUCAUCCACGUCGGAGUUUCAGCUCUUGCGGAUAAAAUUACUUUAGAAACUUAUGCCCAUAAAGAUGGAUACAUAAGAACUGAUGUUUUUGGUAAGAAACCAAUUAAGGGAACUGAAUGUUCAGCAGAGUGUACGGAAAAAUACCUGAAAGCGGGCAUCAAUGUUAAAGAUAUUUGUGAUCAUUUGAACUGCAAUGUGUCCACCAAAGCUUGUGUAUCUGAAAAUGCUGGAAGGUAUCUUUGUGAAUACGUGUUUUAUACAUCUUUAAGUAUUGGUAAAGAUAAAACUAUGUUCAUUCAUGUUCCUCCACUAGGACAACCAUAUUCUGCUGAAGAACUUGCUAGUGGUAUUUUGGAAGUGAUCCGGUGUGCUCUUAAACAGGGAGCUAAAUGUAUUGAAGAAGCAUAAUGUACAAUUAUGAUGUAUUAAAAAAUCACAAGUUUAUUAAACUUGUUUCCGUUACCUUUA